GGUGAGAAGUUUGAUGGCAAUAGAUCAGUGGAGAGUGACAAAAUGGUUCGUCAACGAAUUGGCCUAGGACUGCUCGCCUUUGUGGCGGUGGUAGCCGCUAAACCCCCACCGAUGAAGGGGAUUCCCCCCUCAUGGGCUUCAAAGGCCGGGGUAGAAGUAUCAUCCUGGCCUGCAAAAGCAUCACCAUUUGCACCGGCUUCAUUUACAGAUGGAAAAACAGCUUACGGUAGAUCGCUGGGACCAGCCAUGGCCCCAGGAAUGAGCACAAUCACCGUGCCCUAUGUCCCCAAAGUAUCUCCUUUCUUUCCAAAAUUUAUUGAUCCUCAAGCGAUGAUGACAAAAAAAACCGACAUGCUGGCAAAUCUAUUUGGAGGCCUUGGACCAGUACAAUACCCGAUCACAGGAGGAAUGGCCCUGAAUCCCGCUCAGCCCUUCCUCUAUGCCACUAACGACGCCACAGACGUCCAAGGAAUAAAGAACAUAGCCACCAGUGAAGUUAAACGCGGCAUUUAUGGUGACAAAUUAGCUUCCCCGAUAACUGCUUUCAGUCCGUUCCCUUCAAAAUUUACCUCAUUCUCACCCAAAUUUAACCCAAAUUUCGGCCCAUUGACUGGAUUCAACGCAAUGGAUAGCUUUGAUGACUCCACACAAACCUCAUCAUCUCGAAGAAAACGUGCUAUUGUUGGAGUUGCUCCAGAUACACCGAAGAAUCUUAGCCCACCACCUCCAUACCCAGGACUCACUUCGAUUCCCGAAGAAUCGGAGACAGACAUUUCAGAAGUUCCAAAACAGUACCUUCCAGGAAUGUUGGGUCCAUUCGGCCCCUUCAGCGCAGUUCCCCUGAUUGAUCCUAGUAUCUACGUGAGCAAAAAAACUGCCUUCCUGAGUACCCUCUUCAAUAGCCUAGCCACCAGCACUCCAGCCCCCCCAGGAACUGUAACGGACCCUACAGCCCCCAAGAGUACAAUCGUUCCCCCCAACUUUUGGUUACCAUUCGCUGUCCCAACAGAGUCAGCAAUUCCAGCCACAGUCCACACAAUCACUGACAUGCCAGACCUCACGAGCACCAUCGUUCCAGGGGACUUCUGGCUCCCCAACUCCAUCAUCCCAGGUUCGACCGAGUACACUGACAAGGUGUCUCAAUUUUUGGAGAAACUCUUUGACAGCCUUAAGCUCAACAAAACUCUGCUCUCAUCGUCAGGAUCUACAGACGAGUCGAUGAUACCAAAGACUGUGAUCGCAAGGUCUGUGAACGAUCUUGAGACAGCUAAAGACGCAAUUGUUGAUUCGAUAAUGGGAGAGCUUGGCACCAUCAAGACUGAUAUGUUGAAUACCCUCAACGACAUGAUCGUAACGCAACAACUAGCUACUGUUGCUCCUUUCAGCAAGCUCAGCAAACCUACGAAAGCCACCAAACCUGGCAAACCCUUAUCUCCGUGGGCCGCCUUGUUUGCUCCACCAGCAGUCGACCCAGCGCUCCCUUUCAAGCACAAAAUGAUAAUGCUCAGCCAGCUCUUUGAUAUGUUAACGGCAAUGCAGAAGAAUAUAACUCAAGCCAUAGAUGAAACAAUCAAAUCCACUUCAGUUACUGAGUCUCCACCCGCUGCAGCAGCCAGUCCAUCUUCUUCGGGCGCUGUCAUGACUUUCAACACAACACUUCUAGAUGCCAUUAAGGAUAAAUUAGAUAAUCUGGAAAAGGCGCCGAUUAUACCAGUUGUUCCGCCUUAUCCAGGCCUCUGGGGGGCUUAUCCUGGGAGCUACUCUGCCACCAGUAGCGUCAAGAGAAACGCUGAGGAUGAAGAUUACUAUUACAAUGAUCGGGAUGACCAAAGUAAACACGAGAAAAGGGGAGUCAAAAUGACCAUGCAUCAGGGCUACCAGAGUAUGCCUCCUGGAGCUGUUGAGACUGUUGAGGCUGGUGGAGGGUCUGUUCCCGGACACCAGGGGGGUGGUGUCAAACUUUUUAUACAAAUGCCUCCUGCAGGUCCUUCGGCGUACGAAAAUAAUGAUAACGGGGAGUGGAGUAAGCAGUGGGCCGAUUGGGCAGAGGUUUUCAAAAAUGAAAACAAUGGACAUAGAUAUCACCACAACCAUCAUUAACUGAAGCAUUACAAUGUAGAUGAUAGACAUGGAUAAAUCGUCAACUAGUAAAGUAAAGAGUCAUUUUUGAAUUAGAUUAAAUAAUAAAAACUGUAAAAUUCGUCAGUUAUAAUCGAUAAUAAAAAUCGUGAAAAUUUCAAGUCAA